AUGUCUGGAAGAGCGUGGGAUGCAAGCGACACAUGCAAGGCGAUGCUGUGCCAAGGCGUAGUGUGGGAGCCUUACAAUGGGUUACAAACCCAUCAUGAUAUCUUGUGUCGAAAUCAUCAACCGACGCAAAACGGCAGCCUGAUGUCUCUUUCGGCUGCAAAAAGCAAGCCUCACAUCUCUCUGUCCCGCCGAACAAAGAUACUUGGUGCUCAGCGCCUGUCUGUUCUGCGGCAUUGCUCGCCGACUCGUGGAGUCACUGUUCCAAGCUCACGACGACACUUGGCCGGCUAUGUUGCCGUCCAUCCCACCAACAACAUCAGAACAGUGGUCGGCAUUGCGACACCGACGAAGCGAGCGUUGUGCAUAGUAGCCUGA